AUGGAAAAUCGCAAGGAACCUCAAUCACUGUCGUUCUUCUUCCGCCUCCUAGAUGUCGGUGGACAGCGAAAGCUUACAGCUAUGACUUUGGCUCACUUCUAUACUGGUGUUGAAGCCCGCCUUAAGUCUGCAGACCAUGAUCCUCCUUGUUUAGACGAUGUUUUAAAUGAAAUAUUUGACAUGAUCAAGCCAAAAAAUCCUCAGUAUAUAACGCUUGAUGACCUCAUUAAUUGGUGA